AUGACGUCGCAGAGUGACUCGGACAGUCUUGGCGGGGAUAUUGCCUCAUCCGUUGAUCGGACUUCCACUAAGCACAUGUUCUUGCAUACCUUGCGUCAAUUGAACAUCUCCUGCGAUACCUUCCACCGAAAUCCCUCCAUCCUGCGACUUAUUGAUAUGGCUUCAUAUCUGACGGCUAGUGAGGCAUUUGCCCGCGAAAAACUCUCCCCCGACGUAGAACAGUCCACAUCGCACUCCGCAUGGGCUGAUAAAUAUCGUGGGGCUACGGUCGAGGAUCUGGAACCCCCGCCGGCGCUGUCGGUCUCCCCCAGCGAUCCGAUAUCUUCUGCUCUAAUGGCGGCGUAUGAGCGCGAUUACACCCACCUCACAGUGAUCUCGUCGACGAAACGAUCUCUGCUGGGAUACCUCAGCAUCCCUCGGCUCAAGGAGAUGCUGAAAGAAGGAACCGUGAAAGACUCGGAUUCCGUGUCGGCGGCGAUGCAGCGCUUCAACCGGAAACGGGGCACGUACCAGGUCAUUACCAUGGAGACUCCUCUGGAGGAGCUGGAGCAAUUCUUCGAGAGUGAAACGGGCCCCAAUGGGGAGAAUAGGGGGAAGCAGGAUUUCGCUGUGGUGACGGAUGCCACCCGCAAGUUUGUGCUCGGAGUUGCUACCAAGGCAGAUCUGGGAGAGUUUGUCAAGAGAAGGCCGUGA